GGAUGCCGAGGAGUAUGAACGGCGGAUGAACGAGGCUACGGAGGCCUACAUGAACUGCGGGAUAGAGCGGUACAUGCGAAGGGUGGAGGCCUACAUGAACCGCGAGAUAGAACAGUACAUGCGAAGGGUCGAACAGCAGGCGGUAUCUCACCCUCCACCGGUUGUUCCUCUAAACAUGACUUCCAGUCACGAAACUCCUCCUUCCGGCAAAGAAUCGAGCAUGGCCGGAGAAAGCGGCAGCGUCGCAGGGACUCUCCAUGCGUGUGAAGAUCAAAUUCAGCGCCGCCUCGUCGAGACCGCCGCCGCCGGAGCAAAAAACCCCAGCGACGCGCAAAACGUGCAGUCAUCCGUGGACGAGCCGGCAACAAAACGGCAGAAACAUGACGAGAUUGAGAAUGCGAAUCGGCAAAUUGAGGAUGCUAUGGAUUGGGUUUCGCCUUCUGCUGAAAUGGAAGAGUUUUCUAAAAAAUCAUAUACAAACUGUUAUGAUGUUGGAGGCCUUCAAUUGUUGAAAUUGGAAUUUGAGCGUCGGGUAGUUAAGCGUAUAAAGUUUCCACGAGUUUAUGAGUCUCUUGGGGCAAUUGGGUUGAAGAACAUGCCAUCCUCCUUUUUCCUUUAUGGUCCUCAUGGUUGUGGGAAGACAUUGAUUGUCCAAGCUUUGGCUAAAGAAGCAGGAGCGAAUUUCAUGCAUAUCAAGGGCACUGAACUAUUGAAGUUUGGGGAGUGGAGCAGGAUGAUUGUGCAAAAUAUUUUCAAAUGUGCAAAACUUCACCCUCCAUGUAUACUUUUCUUUGACGAGUUGGGAAUGUUCAGCUCAGAGGAUUUUUCAGACAGUGAACUUGAGGAGGACGAAGAUGUAUGGAAGUCGGAGGAAUAUAGAGAGGUGCGGAACCAAAUCACUGAUAUAGAAUACCAAGUCCCUGUUAUAGAAAAUGAAUCAGAUGUUUAUGUGUUUGCUUCAUCAUCUAAGGUAGAGAUUUUGGAUCGUAUCCCGGCAAUCAAAGAAGAGUUUGGUAGGGUUUUAUAUGCUCCUCUUCCUAGUCCAGAAGAAAGAGGAGAGAUACUAAAAGCUCUCGCUCUGUACAAGCCAAUUGAUCCUGAAGUGGAUCUGAUGGCUCUAGGAAAACACGAUGCUUGUCACAAUUUCACUGGCGCUGAUCUAUUUUCUUCGGUGACGGUAGCUUCUGUGUUCGCUAUUGAACGACCAUCAUUGUCCUGUGGGGGUAGCUUGACCAUCAAAAAUGAAGAUUUCAAUAAAGUGUUAACUAAACCCCCUUCUCUUUCGGAUGAGGAACUCAAGAAAUGGGCACUACACGCGGAGAAGAUUGAUGUUGCUGAUGGUGUAUCCGCGAUGCAGUGGCCAGUGGGAUAUGGAAACAAAUGAGUGAAGUCAUGAAGAAGAAGGCCAAAAAGUAAAUUGCCAGAAAUAGCAAGCGAAUUGAUUGUUAUUGUUUCAUUGCAUAAAAUCCAAAUUACAUUACAGCUUAUAUAGCGUAGACAAGAAGCAUCUAGAACAACUCCUUAAUCUAUGCACAAAACUCUUAAUCUCUUGCUUUAACAAACUUAAUCACAGCUGAAUCAAGAACGGCUCUUCUUCA